AUGACCGUGAAACAGGAGCGUAAAGACGUCGAAUUCAAAACCUUUGAUGGCUUGACUUUGCGCGGCUCGCUGUACGUCGGCCCUAAGGGCGGUCCUGCAGUGAUUGUCAAUGGCGCAUUCAUGUGCCCAAAGGAAAUUUUUGUGGACGGCAUAGCAGCUUGGUUCGGACGUAACGGCCUAACGGCUCUUGUCUACGACGCCCGUACUAUAGGCACGAGCGACGGCCUACCUCGAAAUGACCUUGACCCGCAGAAGAUGGCAGAAGACAACUCAGAUGCAGUCACAUUCUUGCAGAAAGAGGGAUGGGUGGACCCGAACCGCAUAGCCAUAUGGGGCUUCUUCUAUAGCUCUGGUAUAGCACUCGAGGCCGCAGCUUUUGACAAGCGCGUAAAGGCCGUCAUAGCGCAAGGUCUGAUGCCCGAGUGGUACCUGACUGAGGAAGACCAAGAGGACCUCGUGGCCCGUGCAGUCGAGGAUCGGGCGAACCAGCUUCGCGGCGAUCCGCCCGGAUAUUUGCCCCUUCUCAAUGAAAAGGGCGAGCAUUUAAUGCUCUUCAAAUAUCUGGACAAAAUGACACCGGAGCAAAAGGCCCAUCUACCCAACUGGGUCCACGGGGCUAAGAAGAAUGCCCCGACCUUUAAGGACAGUCUGACCCUCCAAAGCUUCUACCGCCACGCCAAGUGGAAGCCCGUGAAUCUGUUCCAGUCCGUCAGCCCCACCCCCGUUAUGAUUCUAACGCCCGAGAAUGACGAGAUCGUGCCGCCCGAGUAUCAGAAGAGCAUAUUCGACAGCCUGCAAUCACCGCUGAAGAAGUUCCAUAUUGUAAAGGAUAGAGGACACUCGGACUUUUUAAGCGUUGACCUUGAGGAGCUGUUGACCCCACAGCUAGCGUUUCUUAAAGAAGCUUUGAAAUUCUGA